AUCUAAGUGGCCCGGCCGCUACACAAGGUUUUUGCUUGCAUUGUGACAUCGACUUGCUGCUGUAGGACCACUUCUUUAUCCUGGAGCCGUUACUGUUGUCCUAGGAGGUCUGAGCCGUUCUUUAGCGCGAAACUUACGUACGUAUCACUUGUCAAAGCAGAGCCCAGUUUUCUACUAUUAUAUAGUCUUAGCAAAAACAUCACACGCACCGUUGGGGUGCAGCCAGCAACAUGGCGACCCGCGCGGUGCUCCAGACGUUUGAGAGGUACCAGAAGGAGCGAGUGGCCUUUGUCACAGCCGUGGCAGAGAUGGCUAAGAACCCACAAAACAUCGAGGCGCUCCAGCAAGCUGGUGCCAUGGCUUUGCUACGACCACUUCUUCUGGACAACGUUCCCAGUAUACAGCAGUCAGCUGCGCUAGCCUUGGGGCGGCUUGCCAAUUACAGUGACGACCUGGCAGAGGCUGUUGUGCAAAAUGAAAUCUUGCCCCAGCUGGUGUACUCGCUCAGCGAGCAGAAUCGCUUCUACAAGCAGGCCGCGGCUUUCUGCCUGCGCGCCGUCGCGCGCCACUCGCCAGAGUUGGCACAGUCAGUCAUUGACAGCGGAGCGUUAGACUCGCUAGUAACAUGCCUGGAGGAGUUCGACCCCGGCGUGAAGGAGGCGUCGGCGUGGACCCUCGGCUACAUUGCAGGCCACAAUGCGGAGCUGGCGCAGCAGGUGGUCGACGCGGGCGCAGUGCCGCUCCUGGUCCUAUGCGUGCAGGAGCCGGAGCUCAGUCUGAAGCGCAUCGCAGCGUCAGCUCUGUCAGAUAUCGCAAAGCAUACGCCAGAGCUGGCCCAGGCCGUGGUGGAUGCUGGUGCUGUGCAGUACCUGGCGCCGCUGGUGAUCAACCAGGACGCAAAGCUUAAGCGGCAGGUUUGCUGCGCUCUUAGCCAGAUCGCCAAGCACAGUGUGGAUUUGGCGGAGGUGGUGGUGGGCGCGGAGAUCUUCCCCAAAAUCCUCACCUGCCUCAAAUUCCCCGACGAGUUCGUCAAGAAGCACAGUGCCACGGUGGUGCGCGAAGUCGCAAAGCACACGCCGGAGCUGGCGCAGCUGGUGGUCGGCAACGGCGGCGUUGGCGCGCUGGUGGAUUACAUAAGCGACUCGACCGGCAACAACCGCCUGCCGGGUAUCAUGGCCCUGGGCUAUAUCGCCGCGUUCUCGGAAACGUUGGCAUUGUCAGUCAUCGCGGAGAAGGCCCUGCCGCCGCUGGUUUCGGCGCUGAACGAGGAGCCGGAAGACCACCUAAAGAGCGCGACAGCAUGGACACUGGGGCAGAUUGGGCGCCACACGCCAGACCACGCAAAGGCGGUGGCGGACACGGGCUGCCUGGCGACGCUGGUGUCGCUGGAGAGCGAUGCGGCCUCUUCAGAGGACCUUAAAACCAAGUGCCGCCGCGCGCUCAAGUCCGUGAUCGCCAAGCUCACGCACCUGCCAGCGCUCGAUGCCCUGGUACACCGUGCGCUGCCGGAGAGCGUUAUGAAAAUGGUCCUGGAGCAGGUGGGCAAGGUGCUUGCCAACGACGCUGCGGGCCGCGCGCAAUUCGUGCACAGCGGCGGCCUGGCAGCUGUACAACAGAUGGCGGAGGCGCCCGGCAGCAAGCUCAAGGAGGCGGUGGAGAUCAUCAACAGCUGCUAUCCCGAGGAGAUCGUCAAGUACUACAGCCCCAGCUACAGCCAGCAGCUGCUGGAGAAGCUGGAAAGCAUGGCCGCCACCACCACCGCGUACUAAGCAGCGCAGGGCGGGAUCGUGUUCAGCGCUGCGCGUGCAUAGCGCAUGGUACUGUCGCCGGAAGGCGAAUGGCUGCACGCGUGCUUGUUAGCCUGGGGUUGUAGCAUAGGCAGUGAGUCGAAGAUGAGUUGCCUGGUGAGCUGCUCGGGAUGCUUUGGGUGUCAACGCAAUGCUGUUUGGAGGAAGACAGUAUGGGGGUCAUGGGGAAUCCGGUGUCAGGUAUAUAUACAUAGCUUGGUGCGCUUGGUUUAGGCCCGAUACUUCGGCCGAGGUCUGAUGGAGGGCGUAAUUGAGGGGCGCACUUGUAACUUAGAUGUGUCACGUGUAUGUAGGAGAAGGGGGCAGUAAGCACGAUCAACUGUUUCCGCUACAACGGCUGUGUGGUAAAGACCAUUAGCACGUGAUUUUGGUACUCAAUUGCACGGCAAAGGAGGAGCAGGCGGCACGCGUGCCUAUGUGGCUUGUUAUUGUCGCUUCUGCUAGUAAGCUCGGCCGCUGGCGAGCAUGCUACAGUCAUUAACAUGAAAGGCACAUCUCCGAGACGUACAAGUUCUGGAUACUAGUAAUCGCAGUGUUUGUGCCUCAUUUGUGGGCGUCAUGGACGCAUGACUUCUGUAAAGGCACGAUGACG